UGGAGAUGCUUCGCUCUGAAAGCCUGAGCACAUGUGAACAGUAGCAAAACAGGGAGAACCCCUCCUGGAUCCCUCCCACCGUGCUGCAGGUGAGACGGUGUACCCAAUACUGCAGAUGAGGAAACUGAGGCGCAGCUCCAAAGCACCACAGCGGGGCGGGGUGCACCUUCUUGCUCUUUGGGGCUGGGCUGGAGCUCAGUCAGCCCUGCAUGGGGCCCCCUCCAUCCUGGGCCUGUCCUGCUGGAACCUGGAUCCGGGGAGAGCUUCCUGAGCCCCUGUGGUGCUGGCCUGAUCCAGACAGGAGGCCCUGGCUCUCAGCAGCCCCCACUCACCACCGACAGCGGGAAGCACACGAGCACCAUGACGGCGUGGUGGAGCACCAUGAGGAACUCCUUGUGCAGGAGGUGGAAACGAUGUAGCCAGCUGUGGAGGCCAUGACGGCUUGGACGGAGGACACGAGCCUAGGGAGGAAGAGGGAGCCGUCGGUUGGGGAGAAGAGGCGCCCCUUGGCUUCUCCUCUUGAUUGUCCAGUUACUGUGCUUCUCGGGUCACUCCCUGCGCAUCUUUGCCCAAGGCUGCCUUGCCCAGGGCUCAGCCCUAUUCAGACAGCAGUGAGCUCCUGGGUUCACCCCUUUCUCUGCCAUCUUCCCUCAACUGCGGACCCUGAGUCGCCAUCCCCUCAGGAGGACACCAGGGAGGUCAUCUUGAGGUUUAUUGUGCCCCUGGCUCCCCUUCCUCUGCAACUUCACAAAACAGCCCAGUUUCCUCCUGGAAAAGGACCCUGGGGAUUGGCCGAUUCGAGCCCCUCAUCCAGCUGCAAGGAAAGGAGGCCCAGUGACUUGGCCAAGGUCCUGCAGCAGGUUGGAGUGGUUCUGCAGACCCCAGCAGAGGAGCGCGAAAGUCAACGGGAAGAAGACACAGCCCAGUACAAAAAGCAGGGUCAUGCCUGUCUGGGGGACAAAAGGACGUGUCUGAACACCCCGCGGAGGAAGAAGCCAGCACCAGCCACUGCUGGCACGGGGCUGCAGCCCCUGGCUACACACACCUCCGAAAGACAGCCGCGACUUCGGACACCUCUCUCCCGCCCCAGCCUGACUCCCCAGGGGCGGUAUGAAACCACUAGUGAUAAUAUCUCCCAUCGCCAGCUUUGAACUUCAGGUAGAAGGAGACCUUAUGGCAGUUGGACUAUUUGAGAGACCUGGUGCCCUGUGCCGCCUCCUGCAUAAUGCAUGCACUCAUGGUAGGAACAGAACCCCGUCCGUGGUGAGUCUGGCCACUGUGGGCCAUGGACGUGUCCAGAGGCCUUGCCAAGGCUGAUGUCUCUAGGAUGUUGGCAGGAGUUGAGGAGACAGAGGGAGUAUGUGUCACCUGAAAAUUUUCCUGGGGCUGAGGAGGGAACAGGUUGCAUCUUGAGCCUCAGGAUUCGGCAAAGAAAAUAGGGGAAGACAUGAGUUCCCAUGGCUCAGCGGUAAGGAACCAAAAUAAUACCCAUGAGGACGUGGGUUUGAUCCUUGGCCCUGAUCAGUGGGUUAAGGAUCUGGCAUUGCUG